AUGGCAAGGCUGAAAAAAGGAGGCGUCCAUUCAUGGGAAGAUGUGCUCGCCCAGCGGUAUCAAAAUGACAAACCCUCCUCAUUACCUCGCUACAGACGCCGCAAAGGCAACAUUCGCGGCCCAGCGCCCCGUGGACUCGAGAUCAGCCAGACGCCAGACCAACAACCGGAAUGCCUUUUAUUGAAUAAACUACCGCCAGAAUUGCGUCUGGUGAUAUGGGAAAUGGUCCUUGGAGGCCUGCGAUUACACAUUAUCCAAAGAUCAAAACGGCGAUUGGGCUGCGUCAUUUGUCCUCAAGAGGAUACAUGCGACAUCUGCCGGGGAGUGCUGCAACAACCGGUUAAGAGUACAGAGACGUGCUGCUCCAAUGUGAAUUUGAUUUCGUUGUUGGUUAGUUGUAAGCAGAUUUACCGCGAAAGCAUUCACCUCCUCUACUCCUCCAACACCUUCGAAUUCAGCAACACCUGGUCCCUAGCCUACCUCCGACCCACCAUACCACCCAACCAAUGGACUGCAAUCCGCAAAGUCGAUCUUAAAUGGGCGUUCCCGGGCCACUGGCUUCCCAGUAAGGACUCCGUAAAAUCUGUGUACGUCUGGGCCGGUCGUCAACAAUGGAUCGAAACAUGCAAAGCAAUCUUACUCUUAAAGAAUCUUGAAGAGUUUACGCUGCACUUAACAGGGAACUGGUUUGGGGAACCGAUUGAGAAAGUACCCGUGUUUCUAGAUCCGUUGAGGGAUUUGCACCUGAGAGAUUGGCCGGGUCGGAAGUGGAGGAUUUAUUUGCCACCGCAGCCGUAUUAUAAGAUGGAGAUUGCGAGGUUGAAUGAGUUGAUGAUGAAGGAGAGGAUUUUUUGUGAGGUAUAUGAGGCUGGACAAUGCUGA